GGAUGAGAAAGAGGAGAUCACUGCAUUUCAUGGGAGAGUUAGAGAUAUUGCAAAUCAGGCCACACGUCUGAAUGAGCCCGGCCCAUCCCAGAAAACAAGUUGGUAGUCAAGGUGCUGAGAUCACUUCCUAAAGAAUAUGAAAUGGACGUCAAAGCAUUCAAACGUUCUCACAAGAUUAAGACCAUGACUCUCGAUGCACUUAUGGGAAUAUUGGAAUCAAUUGAACUCAACAUGGCAGAGGACAGUAAACAGCGUAAACCUGAUAGGCAGAUUGCAUUUCCCAGUACUGAGGUUGAAGAUGACCGUGAUUGUGAUUUGUCACUAGAUGAAGAUUUCCAAGAGCAGUUAUCCAUUUUCACACGGCAGUUCAAGAAACAAUGGGCUCAAAAGAGAGCCAAUCAAAGACUUGAAGGUACGUAUAAGGGACUCUCACCAAAAGAUGCAAAGUAUAGAGAAGAAAAAUACACAGAUAACCUUAGCUAUACGAAGAAAAAUGGGCCACAGUGCUUUGAAUGUGCUGGAUAUGGGCACAUCCAGUCUGAAAGUGCAAAUAACCUGAAGAAAAAGAGACAAACAUUCAAAGCAACAUGGAGUGAUGAAGAAUUUGAAGAUCAGAGUGAUUGUGGAGAAUCCAACUGCGCAUUCGUUGCUAGUGUUAAUUCAGGAGAUGAUGACAGUCUUGCAAAGCAACUAGAGGACCUGCAAGAAAAGCGGUCAGAGCUCUUAAUGGUGAACAAAAGGAAUAUAGCAGACAAAAACAGGCUACUUUCAGAAGUUGAUGCAUUAAAACAAAGGAUUGAAGGACUUAACUGUAAGAUUGAGGAACUCGAAGGAGAAAAAUCAGACUUACUAUUCGAGUUAAACCAACUGAAAUCCUAUCAAAAAUGGAUUAGGGUCGCUGGAGCAGAUGUGCUAGAUCAUCAUUCACUUAUGGCAAAGCCACCUGGAGACAUGACCUGCAUUGGAUAUUCAGACAAAGGAAAGACUUCAAAAUCCCUUAAAGUCAAUGAUGAGGAGGAAAGAGCGGCGUUACGAGUGGAGUACAAGAAGGUACGUAAACAAGCUAAGUUAGAGGUUACGAGGGCAAAGAAUGUCGCCUUUAAACACCUCUACAAGGAUAUAGAGGAGAAAGGCGGUGUUAAUCAACUGUUCCGGCUUGCUAAGGUGCGUGAGAGGAAGGCCCGAGAUCUAGACCAUGUGAGAUGCGUGAAGGGCAGCGAUGGUGGAGUGUUAGUUGAGACUACCAAGAUGGCAAACAACAACAACCCUUUCAACCUGCGAUAUGUUCUAGAAAAAGAAAAAGUAUCUCGAACUAACUUUCUUAAUUGGAAGAUAAAUCUUAAGAUUUUUCUCGAACGCGAGAAAAAUCUCUACGUCCUUACCUCUGAGCCUCCCAAAGCUCCUGAAGCGAAUGCCCGUGCUGCGGAAAUUACUUCGUACAAGAAGUAUGAGGAUGACGCACGCGAUGCGAGAUGUCUCAUGCUAGCCACCAUGACCCAGGAGCUCCAAAGGCUCCACAAGGACAUGGAAGCUCAUCCUAUGAUGACUCGCUUGAAAGUUGGUCCCCACGUUCUCAAGAUGAUCGGUCAGAUCGAAACUCUUGAAAAACUGGAUGCCCCGUUGCACCCUAUGCUGCCAACUGAUCUCAUCAUGGGAUCACUACCAGCUGAGUAUAGUCAAACUGUAGUGAACUUCUACAUGAACAAACUAGAGAUGACUAUGUGUGAGCUACUGAAAUUCAUCACAACUGCUGAGGAGAGUCUAGGGAAGGGCAAGGGUAAGUCUGUCCUAAUGGUAGAGGAUAGUACUAUUGUGAAGAAGAGUGGGUCACGUUCGCCGGCCGGGACCAAGCGCAAGGGUUCUAAGAAACCCAAUCCAGCGUCCAAGUCCUCUUCGUUGAAACCCAAAGUAGGUGUAACACCCUAAUCCGUACAGGGUUACGUCUCAUAGAUACGCAUUCUCAAAUCGUUGAUUUCACCAAGCUCGUUCAAUCUUCGAAAGAUUAACAAUUUUCAAUUAAGCAAGGUCUUCACU